GGCAUGGUUAGGUAGCUGGGGCCUGCCAGGUCCAUGUGGUUGGGCCGGGCCUUGUAAUCCCUGAUUAUGGCUGCAGUGCUCGGUGGAGUUUCGGCAGAAGGGAGUGAGUGUUUAGGGGAUACGGACGUGUAAACACAGAGGCUCCACAAACAUCUUCAUUGGUGGAGUGAGCUGCCAAAGGAAGGAGUUGAGGUGGAGUUUUUAAAACGGACAAAAAUGUCAUCUGUUAUGUUGAACGAAGCUGCCAGGUGUCUGAGGAGGAGUCUGCGGCAGUUUUCAAGGUUACUGUUGGUUCGUCAUUGCAGCUACAAAAGGAAAAUGUCCCCUGACAGAGCAUCAGUCAAACUCUACUCCACGGUUAAAUCUGAGAAGGCAUCAAAGUCAAAUAAGAGCCACAAACCUGACUUCAAUAAGUCAGAACUGGAUGUUAAAGGUAAUGCAGAGAGAUUAACUGAGUUCCCGGAGAGCUUCGAAAAGCCUGCUGCAGAUGGAAUGGUAAAGAGGCCAGGAAUCAAUCUUUCCACUAGAACUUCAGGAAGACAAAAUCAUGCCAAUUUGACUCAGCGGUUUCAAAACACUUCCAAAUGGUCAAAUUCAAAACCUUGUCAAAUCCAUAAAUCAGAAUUUCAGAACCUUAGAGACGAUGAUUUUAUAAAAAAAAAGUUGCUAAGGACCUCCCGGCCUUUGGUAAGGGAGGCAGGCUCGGAAAUACUAUUUGGCAUGGCGUCGUGCAGCCUAGCCCUUUCCCAAUUACGCAGAAAGAUUUUCAGGCUGUUUGUUAAGGAGAAUCGAACACACAGAACUGAAAUACAGGGAAUCUAUCAGCGAGCCAGAGAGACUAGGGUGCCAGUACAUCAGGUGACGAGAAAGGAGCUUGACAGGUUGUGUGAGGGUCGAGUUCACCAAGGCAUUUGUCUUGAGGUGACACCACUAGAUUAUGUGAACUAUGAUCAAUGCUAUUCAGCAGCUAUUGAUGUUUCUGAACUUGAAGGCAGCAACAAACCAGUGUUGUGGCUGGCACUGGAAGGAAUCCAGGAUCCCAUGAAUAUGGGAGCUCUGCUUCGUUCAGCGUAUUUCCUCGGAGCAGAUCUUGUUCUAGUAAGUCAGCCUAACAGUUGCCCUCUAACACCAACUGUGAGCAAAGCUAGUGCUGGAGUUGUAGAAGUUAUGACACUUUAUUGCACACACAGCUUGCCUCAGGUGCUCAAGGCAAAAGCAGCUGAAGGGUGGAAAAUAAUAGGAACUAUUGGAAAUUCUACAGAAGGCACCUGUGUACCAGUCAUCCCUUGUACUGAGUUCCAGUGGAGUAAACGGACCAUUCUUAUUCUAGGAAAUGAAGGUUUGGGCCUUUCUGAUGCAGUAAGCAGCCUUUGCCACACAAUGCUGACAAUACCAGCAGGUAGAGACUUGCAGCCUGGGAUUGAAUCUUUGAAUGUGUCUGUUGCUGCAGGGAUUCUCUUACAUUGCUUAACCAGCAAGAGGAUGAAGGGAUGAAAGGCUGCUCAAAUAGAUGACUCCAAACCAUCUCAAAGUGAUUUACUUUGUUUACACACAGCCACUGAGCUAUAUCCAAUCACUGCUUGGACCACUUUAAUUGCUCUUGAAAUUGCUCUUGUCUUUUUAGAAGUUUUCAUUCAGUGUAAAUUGAACUGUAAUGGAUAAAGUGUUAGUAACACUGCCUUUUUAUGAUGUACAACGUAAAUUUUAUUUAUAUAAACUUUGUCUUUUGAGUUCAGGUUAUUCUACUCUUGAGAAGUAUUUUCUUCUGAAACUCAUAUGAAUGUAGUUGGGUAACUUUAUAUGAACAUUGCAGCCUGCAGGAUCUGAUCAUAUUAUAAUGAUGAUUUAGAACUUUAAAAAUUACAUUGAAAAUAGAAACAUAUUUCUUAAAGAACUAUAUGCACUUCAUUUAAAUUACUCAAACAGGUCAUUCAGCCUAAUUGGCUUAUAAUUAGUCAUUUCCAAUUUCACUUCAUUAUACUCAGUUAAAAUCUUGCAUUUGUUUUCUCUUGUUUAUGUAUCUACUCUCAUUUAAUUCCCGCAAGAAUAUAAGAUACUUGUAUUUCUUAUGGUUUCUGAAUUGCUUUUUGUUUCAAAAUAAAAUGUUGAGACUCAAUCUUGUUUACUUCAGGAUUGUGUCAGCAUUCAGGAUAACAUCGGUCCUG